AUGUUCAUUGAAUUUUCUUUCCUCACAGUCAGUGAGGCGGACGGCUCCACCUUUCUGGAUGACGUGGCAGCCAAUCCAGCCUCGUUACAGCUGGCGCACAGUGUAACAAAAGAGAUCCUCUCUCUCCUGCACGCCACUGCCAUCGCCAACGUUCACCUCACAGCCCGCCUCCUCUCCCGCCACACGCCCUCCUCCUCCUCUGCCUCCUUCCCCCCACCACACGCGCCACUCCCCUGGGGGCGGCUGAGUGUGAACGUGCUGCGGGCGGCGGAGGUGCUUUCAGACGACUCCAGCUUCCGCCCCUUCUUCAUGCUGCAUGCCGCGCCUCUUCUUGUGCAUCUGCUCGCCCUCCCGUCGCCUGCCUUUGCCUCACGCUGGCUAUACGGCCCGCUCACGCGGGCCCUUGUGGCCCGAGAGGCCGACGCCUUCGUCCUCUUCCGCCCCUUCCCUUCGCUCGGCCUCGCCCUCCAUCUCACCCACUCACGCUCACACUCCCUCAACUGCUGCUCCUCACCCUUGCACCGCACCUGUGCUGUCGCUCCUGCUGUGCCCGGCCAUGGGGAGGAGAAUAGGAAGGGGGGUGAAGGGGCGGGGAGUGGCAAAUGUGGGUUGAGCGGUGUGGAGGAUUCGACAGAGACGCUUUCUUCUGGCCCAUUCUCGUUUUCUGAGGGAGGGCUUGUGGCUGUAACGAGGGCUGCUUAUAAGGAGGCAGCUGGGUCGAAAAGCCGCAGUGGCAGCAGGGGCAGUAGAGAAAGGGGGGUUGGUCCACGAGAUGGCAGAAGUGUUGGGAAGCUUCGAGGAAACUUUCAGUUUUGCCGAGUUGAUGAACAGAUGGUGGGAAGGAAGAGAAAGAAGGAGAGUGAGAAAAGGAAGCGAGGGAGUGAUGAAGGCAAGGAAGAGAGUGACUGGGCGGAGGGGGUGAUAUGGUUGGAGGGAGGGGAGGGUGGGGUAGCAGCAGAGGCAGACGGGGUGGGUGGGUGGGCGUGGAAUGGGAGAGCAGCGAAGGCGCAGGGAGGAGGGAGGAGUGGGGUGGGAAGGGGAGGGGGGGAAGAGGGUGGAGGUGCGGUUGGAGGUGCCGGGGGCGAGGGCGGGGUGGGGAGUGGGUGGCAGAGUGUGGUGCUGCUGGUGAAGCUGUUCGCCAAUCUGCACUGCUUUGACCCCAACCUCUGCCCUGGCGAGCAGCGCCACCAGUUCCUCAACCUCGUUGUCUCUGCCAUCCGCCACCAGGAACCUUUCUCGCCCGCACCUGGGGAGGGCGCAGCUGGAGAGGGCGCAGCUGGGGAGGGCGCAGCUGGGGAGGGCGCAGCUGGGGAGGGCGCAGCUGGGGAGGGCGCAGCUGGGGAGGGUGCACCGCAUGGGGGCGGCAGCGACGUGGUGGCGGAAAGGGAGGGGCAGAGGGGGCGAGCAGAGGCAGAGGCGGCAGUGGGCUUGUGCGAGAACUUGUAUUCACUCAUAGACUUCGCUGCCACCAUGCCCGUAACCCAUGUCAGCGAUGAUGACGUGAUCCUCAUCAGUCAGUUCGCCAGUGCCCUGCACGCUGCCAUCUGCCCCCACCCCUCGCCUCACCAGCACGAGGAUGCAGCAGUGAAAACGGUGGGGGAGCGGCACGGGGCGUGGCUGGCUGCUUUACAGGGGAGGUGGGACGGGCAGGAGCGGUGGCAGCGACUGCAGCCGGCACAUGAGGAGGAUGAUGGCGGGGAUGGGGGUACUCUGCCUGUGCUCCACUCCCAGACUCUGCCUGUGCUCCACUCCCAGACUCUGCCUGUGCUCCACUCCCAGACUCUGCCUGUGCUCCACUCCCAGACUCUGCCUGUGCUCCACUCCCAGACUCUGCCUGUGCUCCACUCCCAGACUCUGCCUGUGCUCCACUCCCAGACUCUGCCUGUGCUCCACUCCCAGACUCUGCCUGUGCUCCACUCCCAGACUCUGCCUGUGCUCCACUCCCAGACUCUGCCUGUGCUCCACUCCCAGACUCUGCCUGUGCUCCACUCCCAGACUCUGCCUGUGCUCCACUCCCAGACUCUGCCUGUGCUCCACUCCCAGACUCUGCCUGUGCUCCACUCCCAGACUCUGCCUGUGCUCCACUCCCAGACUCUGCCUGUGCUCCACUCCCAGACUCUGCCUGUGCUCCACUCCCAGACUCUGCCUGUGCUCCACUCCCAGACUCUGCCUGUGCUCCACUCCCAGACUCUGCCUGUGCUCCACUCCCAGACUCUGCCUGUGCUCCACUCCCAGACUCUGCCUGUGCUCCACUCCCAGACUCUGCCUGUGCUCCACUCCCAGACUCUGCCUGUGCUCCACUCCCAGACUCUGCCUGUGCUCCACUCCCAGACUCUGCCUGUGCUCCACUCCCAGACUCUGCCUGUGCUCCACUCCCAGACUCUGCCUGUGCUCCACUCCCAGACUCUGCCUGUGCUCCACUCCCAGACUCUGCCUGUGCUCCACUCCCAGACUCUGCCUGUGCUCCACUCCCAGACUCUGCCUGUGCUCCACUCCCAGACUCUGCCUGUGCUCCACUCCCAGACUCUGCCUGUGCUCCACUCCCAGACUCUGCCUGUGCUCCACUCCCAGACUCUGCCUGUGCUCCACUCCCAGACUCUGCCUGUGCUCCACUCCCAGACUCUGCCUGUGCUCCACUCCCAGACUCUGCCUGUGCUCCACUCCCAGACUCUGCCUGUGCUCCACUCCCAGACUCUGCCUGUGCUCCACUCCCAGACUCUGCCUGUGCUCCACUCCCAGACUCUGCCUGUGCUCCACUCCCAGACUCUGCCUGUGCUCCACUCCCAGACUCUGCCUGUGCUCCACUCCCAGACUCUGCCUGUGCUCCACUCCCAGACUCUGCCUGUGCUCCACUCCCAGACUCUGCCUGUGCUCCACUCCCAGACUCUGCCUGUGCUCCACUCCCAGACUCUGCCUGUGCUCCACUCCCAGACUCUGCCUGUGCUCCACUCCCAGACUCUGCCUGUGCUCCACUCCCAGACUCUGCCUGUGCUCCACUCCCAGACUCUGCCUGCGCCUCUUCUUGUGCAUCUGCUCGCCCUCCCGUCGCCUGCCUUUGCCUCACGCUGGCUAUACGGCCCGCUCACGCGGGCCCUUGUGGCCCGAGAGGCCGACGCCUUCGUCCUCUUCCGCCCCUUCCCUUCGCUCGGCCUCGCCCUCCAUCUCACCCACUCACGCUCACACUCCCUCAACUGCUGCUCCUCACCCUUGCACCGCACCUGUGCUGUCGCUCCUGCUGUGCCCGGCCAUGGGGAGGAGAAUAGGAAGGGGGGUGAAGGGGCGGGGAGUGGCAAAUGUGGGUUGAGCGGUGUGGAGGAUUCGACAGAGACGCUUUCUUCUGGCCCAUUCUCGUUUUCUGAGGGAGGGCUUGUGGCUGUAACGAGGGCUGCUUAUAAGGAGGCAGCUGGGUCGAAAAGCCGCAGUGGCAGCAGGGGCAGUAGAGAAAGGGGGGUUGGUCCACGAGAUGGCAGAAGUGUUGGGAAGCUUCGAGGAAACUUUCAGUUUUGCCGAGUUGAUGAACAGAUGGUGGGAAGGAAGAGAAAGAAGGAGAGUGAGAAAAGGAAGCGAGGGAGUGAUGAAGGCAAGGAAGAGAGUGACUGGGCGGAGGGGGUGAUAUGGUUGGAGGGAGGGGAGGGUGGGGUAGCAGCAGAGGCAGACGGGGUGGGUGGGUGGGCGUGGAAUGGGAGAGCAGCGAAGGCGCAGGGAGGAGGGAGGAGUGGGGUGGGAAGGGGAGGGGGGGAAGAGGGUGGAGGUGCGGUUGGAGGUGCCGGGGGCGAGGGCGGGGUGGGGAGUGGGUGGCAGAGUGUGGUGCUGCUGGUGAAGCUGUUCGCCAAUCUGCACUGCUUUGACCCCAACCUCUGCCCUGGCGAGCAGCGCCACCAGUUCCUCAACCUCGUUGUCUCUGCCAUCCGCCACCAGGAACCUUUCUCGCCCGCACCUGGGGAGGGCGCAGCUGGAGAGGGCGCAGCUGGGGAGGGCGCAGCUGGGGAGGGCGCAGCUGGGGAGGGCGCAGCUGGGGAGGGCGCAGCUGGGGAGGGUGCACCGCAUGGGGGCGGCAGCGACGUGGUGGCGGAAAGGGAGGGGCAGAGGGGGCGAGCAGAGGCAGAGGCGGCAGUGGGCUUGUGCGAGAACUUGUAUUCACUCAUAGACUUCGCUGCCACCAUGCCCGUAACCCAUGUCAGCGAUGAUGACGUGAUCCUCAUCAGUCAGUUCGCCAGUGCCCUGCACGCUGCCAUCUGCCCCCACCCCUCGCCUCACCAGCACGAGGAUGCAGCAGUGAAAACGGUGGGGGAGCGGCACGGGGCGUGGCUGGCUGCUUUACAGGGGAGGUGGGACGGGCAGGAGCGGUGGCAGCGACUGCAGCCGGCACAUGAGGAGGAUGAUGGCGGGGAUGGGGGUGUGGAAGAGGCAUAA